AUGCGGCGCCCUCCCUCCCUCCUCCCGCCCGCCGGCAGCAUGAGCCCGUCCUUCCUCCUCCUCCUCCUCCUCCUCGCCCUGCCCGCCCGCGCCCGGCGAGAGCAGGUGCCCGGCGGGGCGCAGCGGGGCCGCAACGCCCCCGCGUCUUCCUCUUCCUCCUCCCCGGCGGCGGCGGGGCCGAGCCGCUUCCCGCGGAGCCGCCCGGAUCGGCGGCGGGGCCGGCUGUACUGCCGGGUGGGCAUCGGCUUCCACCUCCAGCUGCACCCCGACGGCCGCGUGGACGGCGCCCACGACGCGAGUCCGCUCAGUAUUUUGGAAAUAUUUGCCGUGUCUCAGGGGAUUGUAGGAAUACGAGGAGUUUUCAGCAACAAAUUUUUAGCGAUGUCAAAAAAAGGAAAACUCCAUGCAAGUGCCCGCUUCACGGUGGACUGCCAUUUCCGGGAGCGUUUCCAGGAGAACAGCUACAACACGUACGCCUCGGCCGUGCACCGCAGCCCUCGCUCGGGCCGCCACUGGUACGUGGCCCUGAACAAGCGCGGCAAAGCCAAGCGGGGCUGCAGCCCCCGCGCCCGGCCCCAGCACGUCUCCACGCACUUCCUGCCCCGCUUCUGGCAGCCGCAGACCCCUGAGCUCGCCUUCACCGUCGCUCUCCCCGACAAGAAGCCCCCGCCGCCCAAGCCCAAGACAGCCCCAUCCCCACCUCGCAAGGGCUCUGGCCCCGUCAAGUACCGGCUGAAGUUCCGCUUUGGGUAGCGGCACAAUGGGGAUGCUGGCCCCGGAGAGACCGGGCACCGGGGAGCUUCGGGAGUGACCCCAUGGGAGGCCUGUGUCACCCUCUGCAGAGGGACACGGGGGAGCUCCCAGGUGGCYGUGCCAGGCUCGAGGCCUUCUCUUCACCGCACAAGCCGGGCGGUGUCCCCGGAGCCAUGUGCUGGAUGGCACAGCUUGGGCGUGCCAAAGAGAAUUCCUGUGGUGAACUGAAAACGCUGGAUGGACCUCAGGUUAACGUUCUGUUGGUKGAAGAAGUGGAAAGGUACCUCUGUGACGAACAUUUACCUACCUUAUUUUCACUAGUGACUUCUUUGACAAUCAUUCUCACACGAGAGAGAUGUCCAGAACCGAGCAGUUUUGUUUGUUUUUCUUGCAUCUCCUUCUUGCUGCACUUUUUCCUCCGACCAUACCUCAGGUACCGUGCGUCCAGGUCUGUCCCUUCCCCUCCUCUUAGGAGCCAACUCUUCCCUUCCCUACUGAAACCGUGAGACCAAGCCCUGCAAAUUCAGUCGCCUUAUCUGUGGUGUGAGGGGUUCUUCUAACUCCAUGUUGGCAAUAAUAGAUGUGUGUAUGUAUUUUGUAAGGGUUGCAGGUGUGGGGAGGGUGGCUGGUUGCAUCUCCGCUCCCGGUGGGUCUCUCCUGUUCUUCCCUGGACAGCUGGAGUCUCUUCUCUGUCCGAGUGUGGAUUCGAUGCCUGUCUUUAAAAUACCUCUGCCCUGGUGCCRGGGCAUUCCUGUUCCCUGGUGGAGUCCCUCACACCCCAGCUCCCUGGGGACAGGGAUGCCUGUGGCCCCCAGGUACCCACCAGUUUAUUCCAACAGGUUUUUGCUGCUGAUUUAUUUUGUCACUCUCAAUAUAUUUGCAGAGGCAGGGAGCAAGAUUUUUGUUUUACAGUGAGCGUGGUGAUGUGGCAAUAAAUGUUUGUCCCUUCGGGAGUAUUUUUCCCACCCAGGUUGCCUGACGGCCCUGAUGUUGAGUUGUUUCUCCAUCGUGGUUCACCUGUGGAGUAAUUGUGCACAUGGAGUUUGUGAUCAGUGUCGAGCGGUGUUGCUGUGCUUACAGGCACCGGUGGCAUUGAACCUCACCCGUGAAGCCUUAAUAGGAGACCAGGUGGGCUCAAGUUGGCAGGACCCCUGGGGACCUGAGCCCUCCCAGUGUCCGGCAGCAAUAAUGAGCCUCCUCUCAGCACCUGGUUGUGCUACAGACAGACAUUUCCUUUGGAAUAGUGGUUCUUCGUCACCCUUCUGGCAGCCCCCGGCCAGACACGCAUGCUCCGUGUGUGGGGACGGAUGGGGAUGCUGGAAUA